CUCCGUCUCUUCUUCUUCUUGUUCUUCGCUCAGACUCUGAAGCUGCUCAUCGUUCUGUUCUUGAACCGUGUUUGAAAUCCAACGUUCAGAUUGACGUCAGUGACACAAAGUGACCACACGAGGCAGCAGAGGAGCAGCAGCUAAAAUCGCUAUGAGGUUGGUGUGUGAGAGUGGACUGUGUUCAUCGCUGUGAUUGGAUAAACCCGUCCACCAGUCCGUCCCUCCAGGAUCUGAUGAGAGGACAGCAGGCACCGGAGACCGGAGACAGGAGACAUCACCUGCCAUGGCCAGUGCAGCUGAUGGUGUGGGACAUCUGGCUGCAGAGAACCACUUGAACGUCCCCGUCCCUGAUCCAGGAGCCUGGACCAUGAACAACCUGAGCAUCGUCCCUGUGAGUCUCAGUGGACAGCAGCUGGUCUCAGACUCUCUGUGUGUCCAGAGGUUCGAUCCCGCGUUGGGACUCAUCACACCCAUAAACCCCAUGAUGGCGGGAAUCAGCCUGGUCCCGCCCCCUCCUGUCCCCCCCGACGUCAAGGAGAUAAUUCACUGCACGAGCUGUACACUCUUCCCCCAGAACCCCAAUCUGCCUCCCCCGACGACUCGUGAGCGCCCCCCUGGCUGCAGGACGGUGUUUGUCGGUGGUUUGCCGGAGAACAGCACGGAGGAAAUCAUCAGAGAAGUGUUUGAGCAGUGUGGAGAAAUCACCGCCAUCCGCAAGAGCAAGAAGAACUUCUGUCACAUCAGAUUCAGCGACGAGUUCAUGGUGGACAAGGCCAUUUACCUGUCAGGCUAUCGGAUGCGUAUCGGCUCCAGCACGGACAAGAAGGACUCGGGAAGGAUCCACGUGGACUUCGCUCAGGCCAGAGACGACCUCUACGAGUGGGAGUGUAAACAACGGCUGCUGGCAAGGGAGGAGCGUCACCGCUGCCAGGUCCACGAGAACCAGCAGAGGGCGCCGUCUCCUCCUCCCAUCAUUCACUACUCUGAACAUGAGGCCGCGCUGUUAGCCGACAACCUCAAAGCAGCUCAUUGUUGUCGUCGUCAUGGCGACGACAGAUGUUGCGUCCGUGAGACGAUUCAUCAGAAAACACUUCAUCCUCCAUUACCAGAACAUGUCCUGCAGGGGGCGCUCUACGACCUAAAGUUCAGCGAGGCCACGUCGGUGCUGUUGACCUGGAUCGACCGCGGUGAAGUCAACCGCAGGACGGCCAAUCACUUCUACUCCAUGAUCCAGUCGACCAACAGUCACGUCCGCCGGCUGAUGAGCGAGAAAGCUCAGCACGACGAGGAGAUGGAGCGAGCGAGGGAGGCGUUCAGGAGCGCCCUGCUCACCGUGCUCGCUCAGUUCGAGCAGAUCACAGCAGUGUUCAGCGCCUCCUGCAGACAGAAGGCCUGGGAUCAUUUCUCUAAAGCUCAGAGAAAGAACAUCGACAUGUGGAGGAAGCAGUGUGAGGAGCUGAGGAACGCCCACAGUGAGGAGAUCAUGGGCAUCAGGAGAGAAGAGGAGAUGGAAAUGUCUGACGAAGACGAUCUGGACGAAAAUCCCUGCAAGAGACUACGCACUGAAGACAAUGGAGUGUGUGAUCAGGUGUGUCUGCGUGAGGAGAACGACUCUCUGCGUUGGCAGUUGGACUCGUACAGAAACGAGGUGGAUCUUCUGAGGAGGGAGCAGAGCAUCGUCGGUCGCCAUGACGACGAGCCCUCGCUAACGCUAACACACAGUCCAGAGGUUCAGAUCCAGCUGCUGCAGCAGAACAUGGUCAACAUGCAGCAGCAACUGCUGAGUUUGCAGGAGAAGCUUCAGAGCAAAGAGGCGGAGCUGGAGCAGGCGAGGGAGGAGCAUCGCCACCUGGAGGGGGAGGUGCUCGCACUCAGAGACCAGUUGUUGACUGACGGUGUCGACGUCGUUGACGGAGGAAACAGAGAACAACAUGAGAAGGUGAACGGCUGCAUUCCUUCAUUGUCCCGCAGCAGAGACAGGAGGAGUGAUGUCAUCCUGAGAGGCGGAGUCACCUCAGACAAGGAGGCUCUGCUGCUGGGUGUCGUCUCCACUUUCCUUCACGUUCAUCCUUUUGGUGCAAACCUGGAAUAUCUGGUGUCUUAUAUUCACAGACUCGACUCAAAGGUGUCGGGGGCGGAGCUUGAGCGCCUCAUGGUCCGCCUGCCCUCCAUGUUCCGGCAGGAGUUGAGCGGCGUCGGCGCCAACCUGGAGAAACGCUGGAAGUUCUGCGGCUUCGACAGCCUGGGCUCAGCGUGACACAGGAGGAACCUCUGACCUUUGACCUGUGUGUGUGUGUCAUGUGACCUGCUGCUGCUGUUUGAAACCAAAGCUAUUGAAGUUUUUUUUUUACACCUUCAUUGAGGACGUUUCAAACCAAACCACAAAUCAGGAGCCAUGGUUACACGACUUCAGGAUUUUACUCUGAAACACACAAGACUUUUAUUUUGAAAAAGAGGACAUGUUUGUCCUGACUGAAGAAGACAAACAUGAGGACAAACAUGAUAUUGACAAUGUUACGUUGUUUUGUAUCAGUGAGCUUUUAUGUUAUUUAAAUAAAGAAUAUCAAACAUU